AUGCCUACUUACGAAGACAUCCGGUCCACCACCGACAGCUACGCCAGCGGGGGUGGACGAUGGGACACAGAGCGCUUCACACGUGAGCGCGAUGAGCGCAUGUACCGUGGUCCCGCGCCGCCGCCUGCUCCUCUAGUGAGGGAACGCUCACGAUCACGAUCACGACCACCGCCGUUUUCUGAGCGACGUCACCGUGGAAGCGAUCGCUUCGUCGAUGACCGAUUUGAGCGCCGCGUGGUUGAGGAGGAGGAUAUCUAUGGUCCACCGGGUCGUCGCAGAGACCACCGCCAUGUGGAGGAAGAGGAUGACUUUUACGCUGCUCGUGGUUCGGGCCCGUUGAUUCAUCGUCGAGAACAUCAUGAUGACUCGUUUCGUCCUCCUCGCUUAUUGAGACGGCAAUCCUCUCUGGAUACCUUUGACAGACAGCCGGCACGCAGAAUUGAGCGUGCGCCUCCUAUUAGAGGGGUGCGUCGUGGUCCUUCGCAGAGACGACGACCAUCAGGAGGUCGAUUUGUUGAGCGCGACGAGUACGAAGAGAUUGAUAUUGCGGAACCUGACAUUUAUGGUGACGAGGAGUUUCGCCAUUUCCGGGAACGAGAUAGGCCUCAUCUAGUUAGAGAAGAACUAGUCAAGGAGAAGAUCGUCGAGAAGGACAAGCCGUACCCGCGCAAGGGCAAAACCAAGAUGCCCAAGCGCCUGGUACAUCCUCGGGCAGUCCAGGAGCUAGGCUAUCCGUACAUUGAAGAGGAACGAGUCAUCAUCAUCCAGAGAGCUCUCUCGAAGGAACUAAUCGACGAGGUGGUGAGCUUAAGCAGGGAAAUACGGCGCCGAUCCGACAAUGUUGUCUACCGAAGGUAUGAGUCGCCAUCCCCUUCAGUGCGCGAACGAGAGUUCGUCGAGCGUGUUGUUGUCGCCUCUCCCUCCCCGGUGCGUGCUGAACGCUUGUAUGUUGAGGAAUCGCCCUCUCCCUACCGUUACCGGAGUCCCUCUCAGGUUCGUGCCGGGCGUUAUCUCGAGCGCCCGGAGAUAGUCGAGUCACGACCUCGAUCGGUAUCCGUCAAUUAUCCUCGGCCCGCAUCACCGGUGAUUAUCGAGCGGCGUGGAGAAGAGGUGCGCACUGGGCCUGUUGUCAUGGUUGAGCGGCCCCGUCGUUCGGCACAUGAUGUCAACGAAGAGAUCCGCGCCCUUGAGGAUGAAAGGAGGAUGCUCCAGAUUGAGCGUCUUCCAGAGCAUUCGGGUGGCGUGGAGAUCAUCAAAGACAAGGUUAUUCAUCGGAGCGACGGUCAGACGGAGGAAGUUCUUGAAGUGAAGAAAGAUCGAAGACCCGGCGAUUCACGCCUUAUCCGUGCGAUGAUGGCGACCUUGACGUGA